UCAGUCUCAUUUCUCACUUCGUUUUUCUGGAUUUCCCAUCAAUAUGUCGCUGGCACAGAGAGCGGCGGAGUACAUGCUCUCGGAUUCUUUGCUGCCGGAAUCCAACCCUCCAAACAAGAAGCGCCUGCGCCUGGAAUUACCCCUGGACCGGAUCAUUAAACUCGUGUCCAUCGGCCUCCCUCUGCUGCUGGUCUCGCUGGCGUUCGCUCGAGAAAUCACCAACGGCCCCCAGGUGCUCUGUUUCCCCCCCGGUAACCUGUCGGAGAAGCACGUUCAGUACGUGGAGAAGCAUUGCUGGCAUUCCCUGCGGCACCACGAGGUCACGGCGGCCGGCGGCCCCUCGGAGCGAUCGUUGUGGGUCCAUAAGGUGUACCCCUAUAUACUGCUGCUGGUUUCCGUGGCGAUGUACAUCCCCGCCGCUCUCUGGAAAUACGUCUCCCGGUCUUCGCUCUCCACGGAUCUGACGUUCAUCGUGGAUGAAUUGGAUAAAUCUUAUAACCGAUCCAUCCGGCUGGUGCAGCACCUGCUGGACUCGCACCGGACGUCGGCCGACCCCGCGCUCUUCUGGGAGGAGAUCAGAAGCGCGCGCCACGUGAGAUACUUCGAGUUCCCGCUCCUGGAGAGAUAUCUGUCCUGCAAGCAGCGCUCCCAUCGCCUGGCGUUCGCUUACCUCCUGCGCCACGUCCUGCUGCUGGCGAUCAUCCUCGGCACCUGCGCCUACCUGGCCGCCUUCCACCUCACCGUCUUCUACCAAGACGAGUUCAACUGUCACGUAAAAGGGGGCUUCCUGAGUGCCGAGACCCCCGCGUCUCCCUACGUCAACUGCAAGUUUGUGUCGCUGUCCGUGUUCCAGAUCGUCAGCGUGGCCAACGCGGCCGUCUACGUCCUGCUGCUGCCGCUCAUCGUUUACAAUCUGAGCAAACUGUUCCGCUGGGACAAACCGUUCCUCAACGUCUACGAGAUGCUGCCGGCCUUCGACCUUCUCACCAACAAGAUGCUGGGCUGCCCGCUCAACGACCUCAACGUCCUCAUCCUCUUCCUGCGCGCCAACGUCUCCGAGCUGCGCUCCUUCGGCCGGCUGAGCGUUGUGUGCGCCCUGAAGGACGCGGCGGCAAACGGCCAGAACAUCGACACGGUCGUCGACUUCAUGACGCUGCUGGUCGGGAUGGACAUCGAGAACUCGACCCUGCACAGCCCGGCGGCGUGUGAAGCCAACCCCGACGGGAACCGGCCGCCGCCGCCAAAGGCGCAGUCCUACGAAAUGGCAAAAAUGCAAGAAAAGAAGUAAAGAAGGAAUAAAACCUGCGCGAGGAGUGCUGCGGACUCUGCCCCCGCGGGGGACUCGCCGGACUCGCCUUUUGUUUCUUUAAUACAUUUUAUUUCUUU